GAGGAAAAUUAAAAAACACCCUUCAUCUGUACACAAGCAAAAUCGAUCUCCGAAACCCUAAUCGAUUUGCAAGGGUUAGUAAGUAGAGGAAGAGGAAGCUUAAGUUCAAGUGACUUGGGAGGAGUUGCUAUUUGGUCUGCCGGAGGCAUUCAUACCUUCAGGAUAUUGAGAAUGAAGAGUUUAUUUAAAUCUAAGCCUCGCACUCCAGCUGAUAUUGUGCGACAUACGAGAGAUCUUCUCUUAUUUGUUGAAAAGAAUAAUGAACCUCGAGAAAGCAAGCGGGAAGAGAAGAUGUCCGAGCUAAGUAAAAAUAUCAGAGAGCUGAAGUCAAUUCUCUAUGGAAAUAGUGAAUCUGAGCCGGUUGCAGAAGCUUGUGCGCAAUUGACCCAAGAAUUUUUCAAGGAGAACACAUUGCGACUAGUUAUCAAAUGUCUUCCUAGAUUGAACUUGGAGACUAGAAAAGAUGCCACACAAGUCGUUGCAAAUUUACAGAGGCAGCAAGUUCAUUCUAAAUUGAUUGCAUCUGAUUAUUUGGAGAAAAAUUUGGAUCUUAUGAAUAUCCUGAUAUUAGGAUAUGAAAACGCGGAUAUGGCCUUACACUAUGGCGCUAUGCUGAGAGAGUGCAUAAGACACCAGAUUGUUGCUAGUUAUGUACUGCAAUCACCGAAUAUGAGGAAGUUUUUUGAUUACAUACAACUUCCAAAUUUUGACAUUGCCGCAGAUGCUGCUGCAACAUUCAAGGAACUCAUGACAAGACAUAAAUCUACUGUAGCUGAUUUCCUCUAAAAUUAUGAAUGGUUUUUCAAGGAGUAUAACUCUAAGCUGUUGGAAUCUCCCAAUUAUAUCACGAAGCGUCAAGCUGUCAAGCUCUUGGGAGACAUGUUACUUGAUCGUUCAAAUUCAGCUGUAAUGACACGAUAUGUGAGCUCAAGAGACAAUUUAAGGAUUCUGAUGAAUCUAUUAAGAGAGGAAAGCAAGAGCAUUCAGAUAGAAGCAUUUCAUGUUUUCAAGCUAUUUGUUGCCAACCAACAUAAGCCAGCUGAAAUUGUUGGCAUACUCGUUGCUAAUAGAAGCAAACUUCUAAGAUUGUUGGGUGACUUCAAGAUGGAUAAACCUGAUGAACAGUUUGAUGCUGACAAAGCUCAAGUUAUGAGGGAAAUUGCUGCUCUGGAACCUAAAAGCAGCCUUGAGUAGCAGACUGUGUUAAGCAGAGCUGCUCUUUUUAUGGAACUGUGCAUUGCCAGAGUUUUAUAGCCUUCAUCAAGACUAUGUUUUCAAGGCAAAUUUCAAAAUGCUUCGGAUCUGUAAUUUUAUCACAUAGGUAAAAGGUAGAUAAAUAAAUAUGCUAUCAUGAGCUACGUGCCUAUUUGGCUUUUCCAGGUGUUAGAACAACCUUCCUCGCAUCCUUGUAAUUAUAUGCUGCUAGAGGACAGGCAAUAAUUUGACAUCUCAAAUUUGUUGGG